AUGCUCGACGAAUGUUGCAAUGAUGAAUUGGUGGAAGCCGAAUCGAGCACUCAACAAAUCAGGGCAAAUUGUUCAUUUUAUCUGAAAAUUGGUGCAUGCCGACACGGUGAUAAAUGUUCUAGGCUUCAUAUACGACCAACUUUUAGUAAGACAAUUUUAUUGAAAAAUUUCUAUCAUUUUGGUGGUAUUAUUGGACAAGAUCUUCCAAAAGAAAAAGAACAACGUGAAUUUGACGAAUUUUUCCGUGAAGUAUAUUUAGAAAUUGAUAAAGAAUACGGUGAAAUUGAGGAAAUGAAUGUAUGUGAUAAUGCGGGUGAACAUAUGCUUGGCAAUGUUUACGUUAAAUUUCUAUAUGAGUCGAAUGCAAGUAAUGCAGUGAAAGCCUUGAACAAUAGAUGGUUCGAUGGGAAACCUAUUCAUUGUGAACUAUCACCGGUUUCCGAUUUCCGUGAUGCAUGCUGCCGACAGUAUGAAAACGGGGAAUGUAAUCGUGGUGGAUUUUGCAAUUUUAUGCAUUUGAAGAAAGUAAGCUCAUCAUUAAAACGGAAGUUAGAAAAGGAAAGCGGAAAAGCACGCCGUAAAAAAUCUGCAAAAUUGCGGAAAAUAUCAGAAUGCAACUGUAAAAAGAUAGAUCGAUCGUUGCCAAAGAAGUAUCAGGAUACCUGCAGUAGUGAUGAGUCAUCGUGGUCUGACUGCGGUCCAUCAUCAUCCGGUUAUCACCGUUCGCUGACACCAUUUGCUUUCCGAGCUGAUCGAUAUACGUCCGACGUUAGCGAAUCCGAUUCCGAGACCGAUCCGGAAUUCGAAGCUCACAAACAGUUACUAAGGCGUCAACGAUGGGAGGAAUUACGUGGUAAAUUUGAAAUGCAACAAAAAUGGGAUGAAGAUCGAGAGCGUAAUUUCGUAUUUUCGUUGCUAUGA